AUGACUUCUCUCAAUGGCGCUGCUCACCCUUCCAUCACUGCGGAUCUGCCGGAUUCCGAAUCUCGAUUACUGGAGCAUGACUCGACUCUGACAGUCACCCAGUCCAUUUCCCUCACGUUAGGGGGCGAGGCUCUUCUCAUUGUCGGAACGAAAGAGACUCAAUCCAUUGCGUUGUACAACAUCCUCCAUGCCGAACUCUCCCCGACAGGCUUGACAAUCACAUACGCCAACCCUGUGACCAAGGACGAUGUCUCAGUCGGUGCUCUUCAAUACGCCAUCCCCGAAGAGGACAAAGCUAGAGCCGAAGCGUUCAAGACCAGACUCCUUGACCUAGCAUAUGGCAAUGCGAAACGCUACAAGCGAAUCAAAGUUUUGAUUAAUCCAUUUGGUGGAAAGGGUACUGCUGGCCGUGGAUAUCAUCAUUACGCGGCGCCGAUUCUUGCUGCUGCGCAUUGCACGGUCGAUGUUGAGGAAACGACACAUCGGGGCCACGCCACGGAGAUCGCGGAACGUAUCGACAUCGACGCGUACGAUGCAAUUGUUUGCUGCUCUGGCGAUGGCUUACCCUACGAGGUGUUUAACGGCUUGGCAAAGAGACCCAAUGCUCGCGAAGCGCUGUCUAAACUAGCCGUGGCGAUGAUCCCUGGCGGCUCCGGGAAUGCGAUGGCUUGGAAUCUCUGCGGCACUGGUAGUGUCUCUGUUGCUGCGCUAGCGCUCAUUAAGGGAGUACGCACUCCCAUGGACUUGGUCUCCAUUACCCAAGGGAACACUCGGACUCUGUCGUUCCUGUCGCAAUCUUUCGGUAUUAUCGCAGAAUCCGAUCUGGGAACCGAAAACAUUCGUUGGAUGGGCGCCCACCGUUUUACCUAUGGUUUCUUGGUCCGUCUAAUGCAGCGCACAGUCUGGCCUUGCAAUCUAGCCAUGAAAGUGGAGAUGGAUGAUAAGAACGCCAUCAAGGAGCAUUAUCGCAGAUAUGCAAAUAGCGAACCGCCGCGGCGAAAAUCCGGAGAUUCCGUCGAUGACUUGCAGGGACUACCAGAGCUGAAGUUCGGCACUGUAUUGGAUGAAGUCCCGGAGGAUUGGGAGAAGAUUCCAGGGGAAAACAUGGGCAACUUCUAUGCGGGCAAAAUGGCCAUUGUCUCCAAAGAUACGAAUUUCUUCCCAGCUUCUUUGCCUAAUGAUGGGUUGAUGGAUGUUGUCACGAUCGAUGGAACAAUGAGUCGUCUCACUUCGCUCAAGAUGAUGACGGAGAUCCCAGAGGGAGGAUUCUUCGACAUGCCGGACGUCAAGAUUCGGAAAGUAUUGGCAUAUCGACUUACUCCCCGCGAGAAGGAAGGGUACAUCAGCGUCGAUGGCGAGCGCAUACCCUUUGAGCCAUUCCAGGUUGAGGUCCAUCGGGGCCUGGGCACCGUGCUAUCCAAGUCCGGGCAUCUCUACGAGGCCGAGGGUCCUAGGCCAUGA